AUGGGGCAGGUUUGUCUGGAGCGUGAGGAAGAGGCUGCCUGUGUCAUUAUGUGUGCGUCGGUCAAGUACAAUAUCCGGGGUCCUGCCCUCAUCCCAAGAAUGAAGAGCAAGCACCGAAUCUACUACAUCACCCUCUUCUCCAUUGUCCUCCUGGGCCUCAUUGCCACUGGCAUGUUCCAGUUCUGGCCGCAUUCCAUCGAGUCCUCCAGCGACUGGAGCGUGGAGAAGCGCAGCGUCCGGGACGUGCCGGUGGUCAGGCUGCCCGCCGACAGCCCCAUCCCCGAGCGGGGCGAUCUCAGCUGCAGGAUGCACACGUGCUUUGACGUCUACCGCUGUGGCUUCAACCCAAAGAACAAAAUCAAGGUGUACAUCUACUCUCUGAAGAAGUACGUGGAUGACUUUGGUGUCCCAGUCAGCAACACCAUCUCCCGGGAGUAUAACGAACUGCUCACGGCCAUCUCUGACAGUGACUACUACACCGAUGACAUCAGCCGUGCCUGCCUGUUCGUCCCGUCCAUCGACGUACUUAACCAGAACACGCUCCGCAUUAAGGAGACAGCACAAGCCUUGGCCCAGCUCUCUAGGUGGGAUCGAGGUACAAACCACCUGCUGUUCAACAUGUUGCCUGGAGGUCCCCCCGAUUAUAACACAGCGCUGGAUGUCCCCAGAGACAGGGCUCUAUUGGCUGGUGGUGGCUUUUCUACAUGGACUUACCGGCAAGGCUACGAUGUCAGCAUUCCCGUCUACAGUCCGCUGUCAGCUGAGGUGGACCUUCCAGAGAAAGGACCGGGUCCCCGGAGGUACUUCCUCCUGUCCUCUCAGAUGGCUGUCCACCCCGAGUACAGAGAAGACCUGGAGGCCCUCCAAGCCAGACACGGGGAGGCGGUGUUAGUCCUGGAUAAGUGCACCAACCUCUCAGAGGGCGUCCUCUCCGUCCGUAGGCGCUGCCACAAGCACCAGGUCUUCGAUUACCCCCAGGUGCUGCAGGAGGCCACUUUCUGUGUGGUCCUUCGAGGUGCUCGGCUGGGCCAGGCGGUACUGAGUGACGUUUUACGCGCCGGCUGUGUCCCCGUUGUCAUUGCAGACUCUUACGUUUUGCCUUUCUCGGAAGUUCUUGACUGGAAGAGAGCAUCUGUGGUUGUGCCAGAAGAAAAGAUGUCAGAAGCGUACAGUAUUUUGCAGAGCAUCCCCCAAAGACAGAUUGAAGAAAUGCAGCGGCAGGCACGGUGGUUCUGGGAAGCGUACUUCCAGUCAAUUAAAGCCAUUGCCCUGGCCACUCUGCAGAUCAUCAAUGACCGCAUAUAUCCAUAUGCUGCCCUCUCCUAUGAAGAAUGGAAUGACCCCCCCACUGUGAAGCGGGGCAGUGUGAGCAACCCACUCUUCCUCCCACUGAUUCCACCACAGUCCCAAGGUUUUACCGCCAUCGUCCUCACCUACGACCGAGUGGAGAGCCUCUUCCGGGUCAUCACUGAAGUGUCCAAGGUGCCCAGUCUGUCCAAGCUGCUCGUUGUCUGGAAUAAUCAGAAUAAAAAUCCCCCAGAAGACUCUCUCUGGCCCAAAAUCCGGGUUCCAUUAAAAGUUGUGAGGACUGCUGAAAACAAAUUGAGUAACCGAUUCUUCCCUUACGACGAAAUCGAGACAGAGGCUGUCCUGGCUAUCGACGAUGAUAUCAUCAUGCUGACCUCUGAUGAGCUGCAGUUUGGUUAUGAGGUGUGGCGGGAAUUUCCUGACCGGUUGGUGGGUUACCCAGGUCGUCUGCAUCUCUGGGACCAUGAGAUGAAUAAGUGGAAGUAUGAGUCGGAGUGGACCAAUGAGGUAUCCAUGGUGCUCACGGGGGCAGCGUUUUAUCACAAGUAUUUUAAUUACCUGUAUACCUACAAAAUGCCUGGGGAUAUCAAGAACUGGGUGGAUGCUCAUAUGAACUGUGAAGACAUUGCCAUGAACUUCCUGGUAGCUAACGUCACGGGAAAAGCUGUCAUCAAGGUAACACCGCGAAAGAAAUUCAAGUGUCCUGAGUGCACAGCCAUUGACGGGCUUUCGCUAGACCAGACGCACAUGGUGGAGAGGUCCGAGUGCAUCAACAAGUUUGCUUCAGUCUUCGGGACGAUGCCGCUCAAGGUGGUGGAGCACCGAGCUGACCCUGUCCUGUACAAAGAUGACUUUCCCGAGAAACUGAAGAGCUUCCCCAACAUCGGCAGCUUGUGA